AUGGAGCACAUUAUUGAGGGAGAUGAAGAGCUUCAUCUUGAAGAUGAUGAAUCAGAAAUGGACAUUAUAUUAUUCAUAUUGGAAAAUACAACUACAGCUUAUUUUACAAAGAACAAACGUGUCGAGCGUCCGAUUCGUCAGCCGGUCACAAAAAUUGGUUACAACUACAUCCAAAACGCUCUAAAGGAAGAUCCAGAACACUUUCGACAAGUGUACCAUAUGUAUCCAGCUAUCUUUUUGAAGCUAUGUGAUCUUAUCAAAGAUCAAACUUCUCUAAGAGAUACCCGACAAGUGUGUCUUGAAGAAAUGGUAGCUAUAUUUUUGCUCACUAUUGGUCAAAAUUCAAGAUAUUCUUACACAAUGGACACAUUCAAAAGGUCAAAGUUUGCUGCAAGUACAAAUUUUCACAAGAUUUUAAAGGCAUUAAACACGAUCACCCCAACUUUGAUGGCUAAACCUGGAGUUACAGUUGCUGCAAAGAUAAGAGAUAGCACACGAUAUUAUCCCUAUUUCAAAGAUUGCGUUGGCGCUAUUGAUGGUACACACAUUAAUGCAAUAGUGCCUGCUUCUGAGGCACCUAGCUUCCGCAAUCGGAAAGGACAAAUAUCACAAAAUGUCCUUGCUGCUUGUAACUUUGAUUUAGAAUUCAUAUAUGUUCUUAGUGGAUGGGAAGGUACAYCUCACGAUUCAAAAAUACUAAAUGAUGCUCUAACACGAAGCACUAGCAGAUUACCUGAUCCAGAAGGUAUAUAUAUUCAAUAUUCAUAA